GCGGAGCGCUCCCAGCCUCGUCCCGCGGCCGGGCCGGGGCCGGGCCGGAGCGGCGGCGCCUGGAUGCGGACCCGGCCGCGGGGAGACGGGCGCCGGCCCCGAAGCGACUUUCGGUCCCCGACGCGCCCCGCCCGACCCCGACGAUGAAGAGGGCGUCCGGCGGAGGGAGCCGGCUGCUAGCCUGGGUGCUGUGGCUGCAGGCGUGGCGGGUGGCAGCUCCAUGCCCAGGUGCGUGCGUGUGCUACAACGAGCCCAAGGUAACAACAAGCUGUCCGCAGCAGGGCCUCCAGGCCGUGCCCACCGACAUCCCAGCAGCCAGCCAGCGCGUCUUCCUGCACGGCAACCUCAUUGCACACGUGCCAGCCUCCAGCUUCCGCGCCUGCCGCAACCUCACUAUCCUGUGGCUGCACUCAAACGCACUAGCCCACAUUGACGCCACUGCCUUUGCCGGCCUGGCCCUGCUGGAACAGCUGGACCUCAGCGACAAUGCACAACUGCGUGCCGUGGACCCCACGACAUUCCAUGGCCUGGGCCGCCUGCACACACUGCACCUGGAUCGCUGCGGUCUGCAGGAGCUGGGCCCCGGCCUGUUCCGUGGCCUGGCCGCCCUGCAGUACCUCUACCUGCAGGACAAUGGGCUACAGGCACUGCCCGAUGACGCCUUCCGAGACCUGGGCAACCUCACACACCUCUUCCUGCAUGGUAACCGAAUCCCCAGUGUGCCUGAGCGCGCCUUCCGCGGCCUACACAGCCUCGACCGCCUCCUGCUGCACCAGAACCGAGUGGCCCGCGUGCACCCGCACGCCUUCCACGACCUUGGCCGCCUCAUGACCCUCUACCUGUUUGCCACAACUCUCGCACUGCCUGUGGAGGCCCUGGCGUCCCUGCGUGCCCUGCAGUACCUGCGGCAUGACAACCCCUGGGUAUGCGACUGCCGGGCUCGCCCACUCUGGGCCUGGCUGCAGCAGUUCCGUGGCUCCUCGUCUGAGCUGCCCUGCAGCCUGCCACGCCUGGCUGGUCGAGAUCUCAAGCGCCUUGCAGCCACCGACCUAGAAGUGGCGCCAUGAUCCUGGCCUUCCCGUCCCAUCUGGACUGGCGGGCCUACUGAUGAGGAGCUGCUGGGGCUUCCCAAGUGCUGCCAGCCGGACGCUGCAGACAAGGCCUCGGUGCUGGAGGCUGGAAGCCCGGCCUCGGCCGGCAACGCGCUCAAAGGACGUGUGCCGUCCGGUGACAGCCCUCCAGGCAACAGCUCUGGCCCACGGCACAUCAACGACUCCCCCUUUGGGACCCUGCCUGGCUCAGCUGAACCCCCACUGACUGCACUGCGGCCCCAGGGCUCCGAGCUACUAGGGCCUCCAACCACGGGCCCUCGCCGGAGGCCAGGCUGUUCCCGCAAGAACCGUACCCGCAGCCAGUGUCGUCUGGGCCAUCCGGGCAGUGGGGGCAGUAGGGCUGCUGACCUGGAGAGCUCAGGCGCCCUCCCCAGUCUCGCCUGCAGCCUCACCCCCAUGGGCCUCUUGCUGGUGCUCUGGACCAUGCUUGGGCCCUGCUGACCAGCCUCCGAUUACAAGAAAGGCUUUUCUCAGUGCCAGGUGUGUGUACAUACAGGGUCCCCGACACGCUGCCCGCCAACACUGGGCAGCAGACCCUAAGGGGCAGCCAGGCCCUCCCUGAUGGAUGCCUCCCGCCCGCCCACCCCAUCUCCACCCCAUCAUGUUUACAGGGAGCAGUGGCAGUGUUUGUUCCAGAACACUGCUUCCCGCCCGGACCGCGGUAUAUAGAGAUAUGCAUUUUAUUUUACUUGUGU